UUGAAGGUUAUCACAGGAAACGGUUGAUGAUAUGCACGAACCUUGACUAUGAAUAGAUUCCGAUGGCUGAACGGAAAGUAGUUGGGGAUCGCCUAGUCAUCAGUGGCAGCGUUCGAAACUAACAGCAUGCAUUUUUCCGACUGGUUACGGUCACUUCGAUCCAACGUGGGACUCAAAGUUUCCGAAUCACAGGAAGACAGGAGUCUGCUGCCAUCUGCGCCUUCGUCCUUACUGUCGUCCUUAUAUCUGUCCUCGUCCUCCCUUCUGGGUUUAGGAGCCUUGGCAUCCCUUACCGCAUACUGGCUGGUGACCCGUCCACGCCCCAUGCGUCCUCCGUGUGACCUUCAAGCCCAGUCUAUAGCUGUCAAUGGCGAUCCCACCUGCAGGCGGUCAGCUCUUCUUCAAGAUGACACACUGCUGGAGUUCUAUUAUGACGACACCAGGACGGCUUAUGACAUGUUUCAGAGGGGCCUGAGGAUUGCAGGAAAUGGGCCAUGUCUUGGCUUCAGGAAGCCAAAGCAACCCUACCAGUGGAUAUCCUACACUGAGGUGGCAGAGCAAGCACAUUUGUUGGGUUCUGGUCUGUUGGCUAAAGGCUGCAAGCCCAACCCUCAGCAGUUUGUUGGUAUAUUUGCACAGAACAGACCAGAGUGGAUCAUUACAGAACUGGCCUGCUACACGUACUCCAUGGUUGUGGUUCCUCUAUAUGACACAUUGGGACUGGAAGCCAUGGUCCACAUCCUCAACCUUGCUGAGAUCUCUCUGGUGGUCUGCGACCUCGAGGAGAAGGCCGUCUCUCUGUUGGAGAACAAGGAAAACGGCAACACCCCCAAGCUCUCCUGCCUGGUUGUUUUUAACGAUUUCAGCAAGGCCUUCUUGGAGAGGGCCAGAAGCUGCCAAGUGGAGGUUCUCAAACUGGCACAGCUUAUGGAGCUGGGAAGGCAGAACCUUAAAGAUCCUGUGCCACCCCAGCCUCAGGAUCUGGCCGUGGUUUGCUUCACCAGUGGAACCACAGGCAAGCCUAAGGGAGCCAUGAUCACCCACGGCAACAUCGUCUCCAACACUUCCUCUGUCAUUAAGAUCCUGGAGGGUUCCAUGGACAUACGACAAGAAGACAUUUCCAUCUCCUACCUGCCGCUGGCCCACAUGUUUGAAAGAAUGAUUCAGGUGUCCAUGUUCUGUCAUGGAGCUCGGGUGGGCUUCUAUCAAGGAGACAUUUCUCUUCUAAUGGAUGACAUCAAAACCCUGAAGCCCACCUUCUUUCCCGUUGUACCUCGUUUGCUCAAUCGCAUUUACGACAAGAUUCUGGGCUCUGUGACGUCUCCGCUGAGACGAGUGUUGCUUCGCUAUGCCGUGAAGAGGAAGCAGGCGGAGCUCAGCAGCGGUGUCGUACGCAACAACAGUCUUUGGGACAAACUGGUCUUCAACCAGAUUCAGGCCACUUUUGGAGGAAACCUGCGCUUUGCCCUGACUGCAUCAGCACCCAUCUCCCCCACCGUGCUGUCCUUCCUCAGAGCCACGCUGGGCUGCCUCAUCUUUGAAGGUUAUGGCCAGACGGAGUGCACAGCAGGGUGCACCUUCUCCAUGCCGGGCGACUGGAGCGCAGGACAUGUCGGCGCUCCUUUGCCUUGUUCUACUGUGAAGGUGGUGGACAUCCCAGACAUGAACUACUAUGCAAAGAACGGAGAAGGAGAGAUCUGCAUCCGUGGCCCCUGCGUUUUCAGGGGCUACUUGAAGGACCCUGAAAGGACCGCCGAAGCUUUGGACAGUGACGGCUGGCUGCACAGUGGAGAUGUGGGCCAGUGGCUUCCUAAUGGGACGCUGCGCAUCAUCGACAGGAAGAAGCACAUCUUCAAGUUGUCCCAGGGAGAGUAUAUCGCACCGGAGAAGAUAGAAAAUGUCUACAUGCGCUGUGUUCCUGUGCUGCAGAUCUUUGUGCAUGGAGAUAGUUUACAGUCUUAUCUGGUAGGCAUAGUCGUCCCCGACCCUGAGGUGUUUAUAGAUUGGGCUAAAGAACGAGGAGUUGCGGGCUGCGUUGAAGAACUGUGUCAAAAUCCUGACGUAAAGGCUGCAGUGUUGGAGGACAUGAAAGCAGUUGGAAAGAAGGCGGGACUUAAGUCUUUUGAACAGGUGAAAGAUCUGUACUUGCAUCCCGAGACGUUCAGCAUCGCCAACGGCCUCCUCACCCCCACCCUAAAGAGCAGACGUACCGACAUUCGCCGAGUCUUUCAGGAGCAGAUAGAGGCCAUGUACAGCAAGACCACUUUGUGAGGGGCUCCAACAGACUGGAUAACAUUUCCGGGUGCAUAAACAUACAACAGGAAGUGUUUGGGAAUAGCACUAAUCCACACACACACACCUCUUGUGCAUAUAUAAUGUAUUAACUCUAAGUCGACACUAUUGUAACCUAAUGGGACCAAAAGCUGGUAUUCACAAUAAUAAUGUCAUGUUUUCAGUACUCUUAGCAGCCCACUUUUUUUUGUACAUUUGAAGGUGGAUUUGUUUGUAAAAAUACAUGACUGUAACAUGGCUUCCUGUCUCAUGCAUUUGUUUCCCCAAUGAUCGCUUUGAUUGCUACUUGAUUCAUUGAAAUCAAGCAGCGGCCAUCUAUGUUCGUGUUGUAAAUACCGCUACGCUUCUAAUGAGUGGACACUACUGAUUCAUUUAGUCCAGUGAAGCUGAACAC